AUGGAAUUUUCGCAAUUUGAUAAUGAAAUACAUUUUAAUGAAUUAUUUUCUUCGAAAAAUUCGUUUGAUGAUAUCUUUAUGGAUGAUAAUCAAUCUGAUUUAUUAAAUCAAGAAUUAGUAAAUGAACAAAUUUAUUCAACAAACGAUAGUCAAACAAAAUUAGCAGAAACACUAAAUCAAGAUAACGUUAUAUCAAAAAAGAAUAACAAUCAAAGUGAAAUUGAUAUCCAGAAAAUUUUAUAUAUAUCAAAUUUAAAUAAACAAAUAACAAAAGAUCAACUUCGAUCUUAUUUUAUCGGUUCAAUUAAAAUUAUAUUAAACCAAAGUCGAUUACCACCAUAUUUUAAUUACGCAUUUAUAUUUCAUCGUACGAAACAUCAAGCUGACUUUAAUCGAAAACGAUGUGUUAAUUCUUCAUUAUUUGGAUCAAAUACUCAAAUUGAACAUGUUAAAAAUAUUUCUGACCUUUUAAACGAAAAUAAAUUAAAUGAUCAAUGGGAUCUUGUUAUAAAACAAAUACCUGAAAAUGUUUCCGAAAAUGAAUUAAAGAUAUUUUUUAAUUCUCAUCAAAUGAAAUAUAUCCCAGCAAGAUCUAUCAAAAAAACAAAAUCUAUUGAUAAAUUUUUAUUUGGGUAA